GAUGAGUUCAUUAUAUUUUUGUUAUAUUCCCUAAAUAAAUAUUUCCAAAUUGGACACCUUUGGAAAAAAUAGGCAGUACAUUCGCAAUUUGUAUUGCUUAUUUAUUUAAUCACAUAUUUUUUGUGAACCAUAGAAUCGGUAAUUGACUAAAUCUGAAAAUUGCAUUGUGUGGUAAAUGUCAAAAUUUCAGUCAGUGAAAUCGUGCUAAUCAUCGAGAUUCGAGAUCAUAGUUGAAAAUUCGUGAUGUACUUAUAUUUGAAAACAUAUGGUAUUAGUGAACUGAGUGUUAUAUUUAGCGGUUUGUCGUAAUCUGGCUGUUGGCUACACAUUGGAGAGCGCAGGUGGAUGAAACAAUUUUGAGAAAGUGAAGGGUGCUGGAGCGUGCGUUGACUGGAGAUGAGCUCGCCACCGCCCGUGCAAGAGGUGGACGUUGGAGACGAGUCUAUGGAAGACGACUCCGCCGACAUGAUACCCGCUGACAGAUUCACGCUGCCCGCGAAGGCCGACGCCGUGGUGGAACUGUGGCGCGCCAAGAUGGCGGAGGGCGUGCUGUCGCCCGCGCAUUUCCAGGACCACUGGAGGGUGACCGUGCCGAGGAUAUAUUCGCCGCAGCCUAACAGGAGCUGUUUGGACUGGUCAUUUGACGAGGAGUUGGCAGCGAAACUGCUCAUCCAACCAUUAGAGCAAUUGAUAUGGGGCUCCAGCGAAGGAUCGGCGCCUCCGCCCCCGCGGCGCUCCACGCUGUGCGGGCGGGUGUUCAAGCAAGGGGAGCCGGCGUACAGUUGCCGCGAGUGUGGCAUGGACAACACAUGCGUCCUCUGCGUGGAAUGCUUCAAAGUGUCCGCGCACAGACAUCACAAGUACAAGAUCGGACAGUCGGGCGGCGGCGGGUGCUGCGACUGCGGCGAUACUGAAGCGUGGAAACGUGAUCCCUUCUGCGAGCUGCAUGCAGGUCCUGAUGAUGAGGAGCAAGCACAGACCAGCAUCAGUCCCGAAGUGAUAGAACGGAUGAAGACCGUCGCGUCCGUCUGUCUGUCCUACUGCUUCAGGCUGCUCACGCUUGACCACGCGCCCGGUUUGCCCAACGAGUUGAGGUUAAAAGAUGCGGAGAGAGAACGGGAUCCGCUGCAGAUCUUAGACCAGCCGGAUUGCUACUGCACAGUGCUUUAUAACGACGAAACGCAUACGUUUGAACAGGUGAUAACCACCCUGACCCGCGUGAUGAAGGUGAACCACCGCGACGCCGUGGAACUGGUGUCCCUAAUCGACCGCGAGGGCCGCGCGCUCGUCAAGUGCAGCUCCUUCCAGGUCUGCGAUAAACUCAAGAACGACAUCGAGAUCUGCACGGCGAUGUUCGAAAGGUUCACGUCCCGCACCGGUCCCGCGCUGAAGGUCCUCGUCAUGCACGCGCACGUGCUAGCACACCAGACGUUCGCCAUGAAGCUAUUACAAUGGCUCCAAAACUUCGUAGCGCAAGAGCCUUCACUCCGCCUCGCGGUGUCACUAGUAGCUCUCGGCGAAGACGCCGGGCCCAUCGGCGCUACCUCCCUCAGCGGCGGCGGCGGGGUGGCCGUCGGCGUUAUGCAGAACGACUGUCGGAUGUGGAAGGCCGCUAGGACUGCGUGGCAUAGGCUGCUCAUCGCUACGACGCUCAUGGAUUACACUACUAAGAAGACUAUGGCUAUAUUGUUCACUAAAAACUAUGGCUCGAUCCUCAAGGACUUCAUCCGUGACGACCACGACCACUCGUUCUCCGUCUCGUCUCUCUCCGUACAACUGUACACUCCGCCUACAUUAGCCCAGCAUCUAAUCGCCAAGCAUGACGCGUUGUUCGUGGUCAUGAACACGUUUGUGAGCGAGUGCAACAGACGGAUCAAUAGCAAGGGUCGCCUAGAGUUCGACCGCAACCACGUCUCUAUGGCGUUCAAACGCGCCCAGUUCGUCCUUUACGACGUGAAGUACCUGCUCGGGUCCUUGCCGACCAGUUUCGAUGACGACCUGAGGAAGGGCUUCCUGCACGGAUUGUCGCUGAUGCUGAACCUGCUGGUGAUGAUGCAGGGUAUGGACUCUGUGGUCAGACAGGUUGGUCAACACAUGGAAUAUGAACCCGAAUGGGAGUCCGCGUUCAACCUGCACGUGAAGCUAGCUCACAGCAUCACUCUCUCCUUAGAGUGGUGUGCGUUAGAACGCGCGCUGUGCGCUUCCGCGUAUCGCAUGGCGUUGCGCCGUCACGCCGACACUAUCACCUACCAGCCGAGACAAGUCAAAGAACUCGGCAACCAAUCAGCAUCAGUGAUACCCUACGACGUGUCUACCGAGCCCGUUUCCAUCCACCGGCCCCUGUCCCGGUUCCUGGCCGGUCUUCAUCUGUCGCUACACAAGCACGGCUUGAACUACCACAGCCCCGAGUUCGACCGCCAGGACCGACCGAAGCCUCCGCCUGAGGAACUUAUUGAGCCGGUGCUGCGUACGAUGGCCAUGAUCGCGCAGGUCCACGCCGGCAUGUGGCGGCGGAACGGGUUCGCGUUGCUCAACCAGCUGUACUUCUACCACAACGUCAAGUGCCGCGCCGAGAUGCUGGACAGAGACGUCGUCAUGCUGCAGAUCGGAGCAUCUCUCAUAGAAAGCAACGAGUUCAUAAUCCACGUAUUGAACAAGUUCAACCUCCUGGACUGGGCCGCGUCGGACUUCGAACAAAGAGGGGUCGAAGAUGAUGCCUUGAGGCACACCAUUAGCAUGCUUGAGGAGUUCCUAGGGCUACUGAUUACUGUGGUGGGAUCCCGAUAUGUACCUGGUGUUGGAGAGGUCACCAAUGAAGACAGAACAAAAAAAGAGAUUAUACAGAUGCUAUGUGUCAAACCCAUGCCGCACUCUGAACUUAACAGAUCGCUCCCCGAAGACCAGCUCCACGAAACAGGCCUAGAAGCCGUCAUUCACGAGGUCGCCGACUUCAUAAAGCCCACGGGGGGCAAUAACCGAGGCGUCUACAAGCUGAAACCACAUCUAUACGACGAAUACGACACAUUCUUCUAUCACUACACUAGGGAAGAGCUUUCUAGGAGUGAAGAAGAACAGAGGAGUAGGAGGAAGGCUGCUGGUCUCCCUGAAUGUUGCCCGCCGCCGCCACUCCCCAAGUUGACGGCGCCCUUUCGUCUCCUAGCAAGCCUGCUGCAAUGCGACGCCGUCAUGUAUGUCCUGAGGACAGUAUUAGAGCGAGCGCUGGACCUCAGGGCGAGGUCGUUCUCGGAGACGCAAGUUCAUAAGGCUCUACACCUGAUGGGCUACGCGCUGCGCGACGAGGAGAGCGGGCACUACGAGUUCCUCUCGUUCGCCGAGAGCGCGCAGCGCGGCGGGCUGCUCGUGCUGCUGCAGCGCCUGCUCGCCAGCCCGCGCGUCGACGCGCACCGCCCGCUCGCCAAGUGGCUGCUGCACAAGUGCAAGACGCUGCUUGGGCAAGCGGACGAGCAUUUCGGCGACGGAGAACAAAUGGAGACCGACCAGGAAGCGAAACCCACUAAUGAUGACGCUGCCGAAGUGGAGAAGGCGCGGCGCGCUAAACUAGCGGCGGAGCGACGGGCCAAAGUGAUGGCUCAGAUGAAGGCGCAAAUGAACAACUUCAUCUCAAACAACUCUGUUCUGUUCGAAGAAACAACCACUGAGGUGACAGCGGAGGAGCAAGAAAUCCGUCCGCUGUACUGCGGCGCGGCGCUCGGCGUGUGGGGCGGCGGCGUCACCGAGGCGCCGCGCGUCUGCAUCAUGUGCCAGGAGGAGGCUCGCGUGGAGCUGACAGCGGAGCCACUGGUGCUAGUGUCGUUCUCGUGCGGCUCGGCCGUGCUGCCCUGCGCGGCUGAGGCGCCGCGCGCGCACGUGUCGGUGUGCGGGCACGCGCUGCACGCCGCCUGCGCCAAGCACUACGUGCGCGGCGUGCUCGAGAGGGAGACCAGGAGGCCCUACCGCCUCCGGCAACCGGCAGCUUUCGACGCAGAAAAGAAGGAAUACCUCUGCCCUCUCUGCGAGCGACUAUGCAACACUUCCCUGCCCCUGCUACCCGCGCCCACAUUGCCGGCCGGCGCGCCGCCGCCGCUCUCUGAAGAAGUAUUCAGGGACUCGGUCGCGCUGAUACUGAAACACCAAGUUUUUUCUGAGGCUGUGCAUGUAUGCACGGAGUCUUGCGAGGAAAUCCUGUGUCAGGCGCGAGCUCGUAGCGUGGGAGCGCAGUCAUCGGACAUGGAAGACGGAGAGUCCACCGACGACGCGCCGGUGUACAUGUUGACCCAAUCCCAGGACCUGCUGCCUCAGGAGUUCAUGGUACACUUCGAGGGCGAGAUACCCGCGUACACGGACGAUAUGAAGAGGCUCAUCACGGAGUUUGUUAACAUAUUGCCAGUCGUAUGCGGCGACAUGGAGGACUCCAAUCCGCUGUCCUCCGUAGAAGCUUUAUACAAGGCCACAUCAUACACGAUCCUUAGCACAAACGCGGUACUUCAGGCCGAGAGGCGACCGCUCCUAGGCGACCUACCCUCCAGGCAUCGCGACGCGCUCCAAGCCUUAAUACGACUAGCCGCCGUCAUCCCGUCCGUCUGGCCCUCGCCCAAACAGCUAGCACACCACGCCCUAGAAAACCUAAACACACUCGAACGCACCUCACCCCUAACUCACCACCCCUUCGAAACUUUAGUAGCUCUAGUCUUAACAGCCCCCUCGCUCUUCAGCAAAACUGCCGGCCCUGCGCGACCCAACCACCUAGCCAGACAAUUCACUAUAGAAGUAUUCAGAGCGCUCAUCACACGAGCCAUGAUCGUUUCAGACUGCGUUAACCACGAACCUAUGGAAGGACAAGAAAAUUACAAACCUAUCAAACCUGAUUUGGAAAACUUACUCACAUUCAUGAAGACCCUAAGACGAGGGAACUUAGAUAUUGAAGAUUUAAAUGCUAAUGACGUAUGGGAGAAGAUCAAAAAUCAAUGCUACACGUUCUUGAGAGCGUCCUGUCUAUUCUAUCACUUCUUAAGCGAUAUCAGCUCGCCAACAGAGUUAACUGUCGUCGGUGGUGACACUUGGGAGGUUAUGUGCGGUUAUCUAGACUUGCCGAGUACGUUUAGAGAGUUAAUAGAUACGCCCAUGGCUAGGAGUAAGUCUGAAGAGUGGUCAGCGCUGUCAAACGAGUGGUUCGCCGGGGAAAUCGAUAUAAAAACGGUAGUUGAAACGAAUGAGCCUCCGAAGUUAGUGCCGUUGCCCGAUGACUUUUCGGAGUUGAUGAAUGUGGUUUCUGAGUUCUCUUGUCCGAAUUCGGAGAGGGAUGAUAGCAAGUACCCGACCAUGUGUUUGGUGUGCGGGCAGAUAUUGUGCUCGCAGAGUUAUUGCUGUCAGACUGAGAUUAAAAAGAGCGGUCGAAGCGGCGGGUCGGAGCUGGUGGGCGCGGUGGUGGCGCACGCCACGUGGUGCGGCGCGGGCGCGGGCGUGUUCCUGCGCGUGCGCGACUGCGAGCUGCUGCUGCUCGCGGCGCCCGCGCGCGGCGCCAUGCUGCCCGCGCCCUACCUAGACAACUACGGCGAGACCGACCAGGGCCUCCGCCGCGGCAACCCGCUCCACCUCUGCCCGACUCGCUACGAAACUCUCCGCAUGCUCUGGCUGAGCCACGGGCUGCACGAGCGCAUCGCUCGAGCGCUCGACACGAACAUGCUCGUCACCACGCAGUGGCAGAACAUGUGAGCGCGGAA